UGCGUUAUAACAUGAAUAGUAAUAAUAAGGUGGUAAAGACCAAUUAAAUUUGGAAGGGUGUUUUAAUUCUAUAAAUUCAUCUAAAUCGGUGAAAUAUGAAGUUUUUCGGUUAGUCGGGCGUGAAGUGUCGUGAAGCAACGAUGAUUUUACUUAAAACCUCACUCCUUCUCUUGCUUUUCACUUGCACACAAGCAAAAGAGAAGGACCAAAACCAAGCGCCAGCGGACAAUAAAAACCAGAAACGCAGCAUUCUACUUGGGCUAUUAGCACAUAACCUAGAAAAACAUAACUGGGGCAAAAAAAUUCACAAAGAGGAGAAGUUGGAAAUAGGAGGAGAAGCUCACUCACAUGUUGAGUUAGGAGGUGGUCUGCAGUUCGGAGGAGAGUUACACUCGGGAGGACAUUCGUUUCAAAAUAUAGAGGGUGGUGUAGAUUUUCAUGGAGAAGAUCAAAUACAGUUUGAGCAUCAUGGAUUGGAAAUUGGAGGUGGAGAGAUUAAAUGUCCUGAUUAUCAUGUGCCAGAACAACAAGAAAUAAAGCAUGAAAAGACCGUCACAGUUAUCAAGGAAAUACCUGAACCUUACCCAGUUGAAAAAGAAAUUAGGGUGCCAGUAUAUAAGGAAGUAAAGGUUCCAGUUGAAGUUAAGGUUCCUCAACCAUACCCUGUUUAUAAAGAAGUCAAGGUUCCUUACAAAGUCUACGUACAUGAAAAAGUACCUGUCCAUAAGCCAGUACCUGUAGAGAAAAUCGUAAAAGUACCUGUAAAGGUAAAUGUUGAUCAGCCUUACCCAGUAGAAGUAAAGGUUCCUCAACCUUACCCCGUAUACAAAGAAGUUAAGGUACCAUAUGAAGUAAAAGUGGCACAGCCUUACCCUGUUGAGAAGGAAGUUAAAGUACCAGUUCAGGUUCCUGUGCAUGUACCACAUCCAUAUCCUGUUUAUAAAGAAGUUCCAGUACCUGUUAAGGUUUAUGUAGAUAGACCUGUCCCAGUAAAAGUAGAAAAGCCAUAUCCAGUGAAAGUAGAAAAAGAAGUUAAAGUACCUGUACCAGUAGAAAAACCAUAUCCAGUUAAAGUUUAUGUUGAUAGACCAGUACCGUAUAAAGUGGAAAAGGAGGUUAAAGUGCCUUAUGAAGUGAAGGUUCCUCAACCAUAUCCAGUAUAUAAGGAAGUAAAAGUACCAGUUAUUAAAGAAGUGCCAUAUGAAGUAAAGGUUCGAGUGGAACGCCCAGUACCAUACGAAGUGAUAAAACACGUGCCUCACUAUGUAGAAAAGAAAGUGCCUGUACCAAUAAAAGAGAUUAUCCCGGUACCUUAUCACGAAGAGAAACAGGAAGAAAAAAAAGAAGAGAAAACUGUAGAAAUUGUAAAAUGUGAUCAAGGACAUGAACAUAAAGUAGAACAAGACGAAGGCAAAAAAUUAGGGUUAGGUUUAAUUAAUUGGAAAGAUUGGGACAAAUGCGGUUUUCGUGGCACGGGAAUCAUUCCCAUCGAUAGAAAUCAAGUUUUGAAAAGGUUGCCACCAGAAAGAAACCUCGAAGAAGAUGAUCCUAAUGACUGGAUGGAAUCUGUGGUAGAAGUGCUUAACGAAAGCAGGAAUGCAUGCAAGCCUACUGUAGUAGCAAGGAAAAAGAAAGUUACAGUCGAGCCAGGCAAAAGCAUUUCUACCACAGAUUUUUUAGAAGCACAACCGCAACCGUCAACAAGCAAGACAACAGUGCCUCAAGACUCUCAAGAGGACGACAUUUUCGAAUUUGAGUCAGAUAAAGCAGAAUCUGCAUCAAUGGAACUGGACGAGUGCUUUGAUUUACAGCACCCAAUGGAAAAUAGCAUUGCCACUGACGAUUUUGUCGAGAGUUUAUCCGUGCUCUGCGCACUCCUGCUGUUGGCGAGCGCCGAAGAGAAACCAGAAGUGGAAGAAAGUAAAAAGUCAAUAGAACCAGCUGCUGGACAAGAAAAAAAGCAGGAAAAGAGAGGGCUGGAUCUUGGCUAUGGAGGCGGACACGGCUUCGAUGGAGGAUUUGGAGACUUUGGUGGAGAACAUCACGAAACCAUUGACUUUGGAGAAAGUUUUGAUCACUUUAAAGGGUUUGAAGGGGGGCAUGGGGGCAAUUUUGGAGGUGAUUUUGGGGGACACCUAGGUGAUCAUCAUGAACACCACGAGAAAACAAUAACCAUAGAGAAGAAAGUACCUGUACCAUAUCCAGUUACCAAAACUAUACACGUACCAGUGGAAAAGAAAGUACCUUACCCCGUUAAAGUACCUGUACCACAGCCGUAUCCUGUAGAGAAAAAAGUCCACGUACCAUACAAAGUACCUGUACAUGUUAAAGUACCUGUGCACAAGCCAGUACCUGUUGAGAAAAUUGAACAUGUACCUGUCAAAGUCCACGUAGAUAAACCAUAUCCCGUUAAAGUCUUGGUACCUCAACCCUAUCCUGUGGAGAAAACUGUUCACGUGCCUUACAAAGUGCAUGUACCAGCUCCUUACCCAGUCGAAAAAGAAGUACCAUACCCAUACAAAGUACCUGUCCAUGUACCAAAACCAUAUCCCGUAAUCAAAGAAGUUCACGUACCAGUAAAGGUACAUGUUGACAGGCCAUAUCCUGUACACGUGCCAAAACCGGUACCAUAUCACGUUGAGAAGAAAAUCCCUUAUCCAGUCUUCAAACCAGUUCCGGUACCAGUUAAAGUAAACGUAGAUAGGCCCGUACCUUAUCCAGUUGAGAAACCUCAACCUUACCCAGUUAAGGUGCCGGUACCAGCACCUUACCCGGUUGAAAAGAAGAUUCCGGUUCCAGUGGAGAAACUUGUGCCUUACCAAGUAAAAAUCCCCAUCUUUAAUCCGGUACCAUACACUGUGGAGAAGAAAGUGCCAGUGGAAGUAGAGAAACCAGUACCAGUGCCAGUAAAAGUACCAGUACACGUACCAAUACAUGAAGAACAUGAGCAGCAUGAUUUUGGCGGUGGUGACCAGGGUGGUCACCACUUUGAAAGCAGUGGAUCUGGAGGUCAAGAUUGGGGCGGACAUGAUUUUGGCGGUGAGGGUGGACAAGACUUUGGGGGUGGUCACGAACAUAAAUGAAGUUGGUAAUUUAGUUCUUUAAUUCACAUUUUUUUUGUCAGUAUUAUUUUCUACGUUGUUUUUACUAUGGUUCUAUUUUUUUCUUCGUAUUAUUGUGAUGUAUUUUAUUUUGUUAUUUAAUAAAUAGGAUUAUUUUCUAUAUAAAAA